CCUUUUAUUUAGAAGUUUUUUAGCUUUUUUCCCCCCUGAAAAUGCCUUAGACUUUUUUUUUUUGACAAUUUUUGUAUAAUUUCUCAAAGUUGCUAAUUGAUGAAACCAUUUUAACUUUUUUUUCCCUGAACUUUUGUUGAAAGAGAAUAGUAGGGUUUUUAUUAGUUGUAUUUACUGUGAGCCUUGUCCUCUAGUAUUGUUUUUGGUCGGGGUUUUGUCUCUCGACUGGGACCCGUAGAGGGUUCACCGAUCGGCUGUGCUUCGGUGAUUUGGCCUUGAAUCUGCAAGUUUUGAUAUAGUUGUAGUGAAUUUCUAUUUGCGAUAUAUGCAUGGAAACAAAUUCAGGUGUUACAGUGAUAGGAGCUGAAGCUCCAUCAACUUAUCAUAUGGCGCCGAGGACUGAAAAUGCUAACCAGAUCAGCAGUGGUUUAACACCAGUCGAUGGUUUAACACCAGUCGAUGUUCCGGCAGUUAGUGUAGGAUUAACCGGUAGUACAGAAAAGAAGAAGAGAGGUAGACCUAGAAAAUAUGGACCAGAUGGGAAAAUGGCAAGGGCAUUGUCACCAAUGCCUAUUUCCUCAUCUGUCCCACCCGGUACAGCUGAGUUUCCAAGUGGAGGAAAGCCAGGGAGAGGGCGAGGCAGUGCUUACCAGAUUAAGCAUCAUAAAGGAAUGGACAUAGAUAAUUUAGGUGAGUUGGCCGGCACUUCUGUUGGAACAAAUUUUAUGCCGCAUGUCAUCACUGUCAAUCCCGGCGAGGAUGUAACAAUGAAGGUGAUAUCGUUUUCUCAACAAGGACCACGAGCCAUUUGCAUCCUAUCCGCUAACGGAGUGAUUUCAAAUGUUACACUUCGUCAGCCCGAUUCUUCCGGGGGUACGCUUACAUAUGAGGGUCGUUUUGAGAUACUGUCCUUGUCCGGUUCCUUCAUGCCUACUGAAACUCAAGGAACUAGGAGUCGAUCUGGAGGGAUGAGCGUCUCGUUGGCGAGCCCUGAUGGACGCGUUGUAGGUGGAGGCGUAGCAGGCCUUCUCAUAGCUGCCAGUCCUGUACAGGUUGUCAUAGGAAGUUUUGUACCAGGCAACCAGCACGACCAAAAGUCCAAGAAGCAGAAAAAUGAGUCCUUACCAGCAACUCUUGCACCAAACCCAGCCACAGUCGAUUUACCUGCAUCGAAUGCAGAAAAAGAGGACGGCAUCGGUGUGCAACAUUCACAACAAAAUUCCAAUACCCUGAAACAAAACUUUGCUACUACUGCUAGUUUCAGAACAGAAAAUUGGGCCAACAUACAGGAGCCAAGAAAUUCAGCCACUGAUAUCAACAUUUCUUUGCCUGCAGUUUAAUUUUAUAACUUAACAAAUCAUUCAUGUCUUAAUGUAGGAUAAAGUAAUUUCCUGACAUUCACCUAGGUUUUAAUUUUUCAGACAUGACAUAGACAAUAUAUGUUUUUUAUUCUGAAGUUUUUAAUUUAAUUUAAAAUGUGUGGUUUGUAA